CGGGGAGUAACGUAUUGAAAAAUAGUAGCGCAAUAUGUCACGUGGUUUUUGAAACUUUAAAGCCAAUAGCAAGUCAAUGAUGGGUCAGAUUUGACAUAGAGUGGUAUCAGCGCGGGUCGUGACAGUAUCGGUAAGCGAUAGGAAUAUUGAAAUAGUAUCUGAAGACCGGAACCGGUAACCUAAGUCCAACAUAAUGUACACUCGACUUCUUGCAACACACAUAUUGACAACUUUAAUCAUCAGUUUAUCCCUUGGCGAAGAACAUAAAACGAACACAGAUAAUGGCAUAGAUCGCGUACGUCGUGAUUUGGUGGAACCGAAUGAUGGAGUCUCAGAGGAAACAUUUGAUCCAGAUGAAGACAUUGACAUGGAAAAGAAAUGGUCAGAACGGCCGAAGUACAAGACGUUCGAUUCACUAGCAAGUAGUUUGAUCAAACGUUUCGGUGAUGGUCGUAGCUUCGAUUCUCUUGCCAGUGGGUUAAUCGGUAAACGCUAUGGGGAUGGUCGCAGCUUUGAUACGCUAGCUAGCGGAUUAAUUGGUAAACGCUAUGGAGACGGUCGCAGCUUUGAUACACUAGCAAGCGGGUUAAUAGGUAAACGCUAUGGAGAUGGUCGCAGCUUUGACACUCUAGCUAGCGGGCUGAUUGGAAAACGCAGUGACGGUCGUUAUGGUAGCAGCUAUUUUGACUCGCUUGCCAGUGGUCUUGUUGGCAAGCGGUACGACGGACGGACGUUCGACCAGCUAGCAAGCGGCCUUGUAGGUAAAAGACCGUGGGACGAGAAACGGUACCGGCACUUUGACAGCCUUGCUAGCAGCUUGAUCGGGAAACGGGCCUACGAGUCUUCUGAAGAAGAGGAAAUGAUGUCAAAACGGGCGUUUUAUCCUCGUUGGAGAUCUGGAAACAUUAAACGACGGCCAUUCGACAUGUUGGCUAGCUCACUGAUUCAAUGAUGUAUAAGCUAUACGCGUAAUUGACUCUUUUUGUAGAAAUUAAAAUACUUUCUGAUACUAAAGUUUGUGCUAAACAAAUAUGAUAUAUGCCACUUUUGGAAUAGAAGAAAUUAAGCCUUCUUAAUUAUAAUAUUCUUCAUAUUGUCAUGAUUCAUACAUAUUUUUAAAGUUCUAUGCCAUCGAGGUUUGCGAGUAUGAAUCUCAAUAAAAUGAAUAUAACAAACAUAAACAAUAUUGAUGCUGACUUCUUAAAAUCUCCCAUGUUGAUUUUGUAUGGCAUAUCUUUUGACAUCUAUAGUUUAUAUUUAAAAAGCGCUGCCUUUGGAGAAACAUUAGGGUAAAGUGUGUGUUUUAAAGGGAAGUUUCUAUAUUACUUAUAUUUUACAAAAAAUAAAAACAUAUACGAACUCA